GGAGUUCAGACAUCAACGCAGAGCAGCGCGACCAAGAGCAUCUCUACUGAAAGCUCGGCCACAUUUUUUACGCACAAGAGCAGAGCAUAUCCAGAGAGAAGCAAGACAACGCACCAGGGCAUAAAGAUGAUUAAGAAAAUGUCGCCGUCCGAGAGCGAUUUUGACAUCCCAGCAAAGAACUGCUACAGGAUGGUGAUUUUGGGGUCCACCAAAGUCGGGAAAACGGCCAUCGUGUCGCGGUUUCUGAACGGGAGGUUCGACGAGCAGUACACGCCGACCAUCGAGGACUUUCACAGGAAACUGUACAGCAUCAAAGGAGACGUUUACCAGUUGGACAUACUGGAUACAUCGGGGAACCAUCCUUUCCCCGCCAUGCGGAGACUUUCAAUACUGACAGGUGACGUGUUCAUCCUAGUAUUCAGCUUGGACAACCGCGACUCCUUCCAGGAGGUGCAGAGGCUCAAGCGCCAGAUCUACGAGACAAAGUCGUGCCUGAAAAACAAGAUCAAAGAGAACAUCGACGUGCCUCUGGUCAUCUGCGGGAACAAGGGCGACAGAGAGUUCUACCGGGAGGUGCAGCAGGAGGAGAUCGAGCAGCUGGUGGCGGGAGACGACAAGUGCGCGUACUUCGAGAUCUCCGCCAAACGCAACGAGAACGUGGAUAAGAUGUUUCAGACUCUGUUUACCUUGGCCAAGCUACCUCACGAAAUGAGCCCCGAUCUCCACCGCAAAGUGUCCGUGCAGUACUGCGACAUGCUGCACCGAAAGUCUCUGAAAAACAAGAAGCUGAAGGACAUUGGGGAGGCAUACGGCGUGGUGACGCCGUGCGCCCGGAGACCCAGCGUGCACAGCGACCUCAUGUACAUAAAGGAGAAGGCCAUCGGAGGCGGCCAAGGCAAAGACAAAGAAAGAUGUGUGAUCAGCUAAUGGCGCACCGGGGAGCAGACUCGAGACCAAAUCUUUGUGGAGAAGGAACCUGGUGCGUCAGCUUGAGAGGCCACCUGUGUGACCGCCUGAGCUCAAACUGACACCUGAGGUGUGGAGACGCCGGGGCCGCCGCUGCCGUGCGCCCUGGCUCUGCACCGUCUCCAAGGACAAUGACUGGACCACUGCAGCUUUAACUGCCAAAUAAAAACACUGUCCACGAGACAUAUGAGAAUGUUAGCUUGUUCUGUCCAUCAGAGCCUAAUGUGUGACGUGGCUUCAUACCUUGUGAGACUCGCACCGAUGCUACAGUGUGUUUAGUUGACGUUAUGCCUUUAACAGAUGCCAGAGAGGAGAAAGAAGAGACUCUUGGCCUAAGAAGUGCAUUGUUGGGGGUGGGGAGGAAGUACCAUUUGUUUACAUCUUAUAGAUUUUAUAAUGGCUAAGUACACUUGAAUGUUUUGUUGCAUUUUUGGACUAUUUUUAUUGUGAAUGUAUAUUUAUUGUCAAUGUUAUUUUUUGCAAAAGAAAAAGUCUUUAAAUGUAAUAAAAAAAAGAAGCAAACUAAAA